AUGCAACUUUUCUGGUAUCGAAUUCUCCCCUUUCUCUCCUUACUGAUUUCCAUCUUCGUCCUCAUCGUCAUAAUUCUCAUAAAUGUCGGUGGGGUAAAUAGUGGGCAUAGUAACUCCCUCGAUUACAACCACGUCCAAAAUGGAGCUUUCCGUCUCGUAAAAUGGAGAUACAACGCGACUCCCACACAACAAAGCUCUAGUAGUACACGUGGAACAUACGAUCUUGCAGCCGAGAUAUUCCUCAACAGAAUAUGCACCGGUUCUUCCUGGGGUACUACCCGCGGUAGCCUCCACGGCGCUUAUCCCCCCACGUCUUGCUACAAUACAAGACUUGACGUCCUCAGCCCUUCAAGUCUGAAAUCCUCUGGAUACACCGAAGCAUUCCGACGACUAACCAAUUUCAACUUCGACGAUGUAUAUUUGACCUCGCCCUUCGCCUUGUACGUCGUAGCGGCCAUCACAUGUUUUGCGAUGAUGUUCCUAAGCGUCGUCGAGUCAUUCAAGGGGUACAAGAAGGGCACCGGAAAGGGUCUCAGGAUUGCGGGUCUCGUUUGUACUGCUUUGACCUGGCUCUUCCUCCUCGUCGCCUCAACUCUCACCACACAACUCUCUCUCCGCCUCCGCAACCAGAUCGCCUCGCAAACCCGCUUCUCUUCUAACGUCCGCACCCUCGGCCCUUAUGGCAAUGCGCCUGGGACGGAGGUUUGGCAGCGACUGUGUUUAUGGGGUUGA